AUGCCCCUGGUCAUCUUGGUCGGCUUCGCUUUUCUAUAUAGUAGAAACAAUGGUCAACUUUCUUCUGCUCAAACUCAAUUAGCCGUUCUCCUUUCCCUCCCGUCAUUGCAGUACCUUUAUCUUUAUAAUAGUCAUUUAAGUGGAGAAAUCCAUGAAUUUCCAAAUGCAUCCUCCUCUGUUCUGGAAAUACUUUAUUUGAGCAAUAACCAUCUAAAAGGAUCGAUCCCCCGGUCUAUCUUUAAACUCAAUAGGCUUUCACAACUCUCACUUUCUUCCAACUCCUUCAGUGGGACCAUUAAUAUCAAAGCGGUAAAUGGACUUCCUAGGCUAACCACCCUUGACCUUUCAGACAACAAAAUUGAAGGGGAAAUACCAAAUUGGGUUUGGACAGUUGCAAAACUGAAUCUUUCUCACAAUCUCUUUGAGUCACUGGAAAAACCUUAUUAUAUAUCUACUACUUCUAUUGUCAUUGAAUUGAGUUUCAACAGGAUCAAGGGCAAUCCACCGUUUCUACCAGAUCGCUUUGCAAACUGGAAAAGUAGUAUUACUUACUUUUCAAUUGCCAAUAAUGAAUUUACGGGAUCAAUAUCUUCUUCCAUAUGCAGUCUAGAUCAGCUUCAAUUCCUUGAUAUGUCAAAUAACUCCACAAGCGGAAAAAUACCUCCCUGUCUAAUCCAAAUGCUGGCUACAAGUCUCGUAGUGUUGAAUAUAGCGAGAAACAAUCUAAGUGGUACUGUUCCUGAUAAAUUUCCGCUGAAUUGUAGCUUGGAAACUUUAGAUCUCAGCAACAAUAUGUUAGAAGGGAAAGUUCCAAGCUCCUUGCAAAGAUGUGAACCUUUGCAAGUUUUAAACAUUGGAAUCAACAAGAUCAAAGAUACAUUCCCGUGCAUGUUGAAGAAAUUAUACAGUUUUCAUGUCCUAGUCAUAAGGUCGAACAAGUUCUACAGGAAUCUCCAGUGUUCUGCUGCUAAUCAAACCUGGUCAAGGCUUCAAAUUGUGGAUCUUGCUUACAAUAAUUUCAGCGAUGCUUUGCUACCGCAUUACUUCUCGAGCUGGGAAGGCAUGAUGCAGGGCAACAAUCCAUACCCAUGGGAGCAGUACUUAAGUGCUGAUAAUCUGUAUCAAGACAAGGUGACUUUAACUAUCAAAGGUCUAACAGUGGAAUAUGUGAAAAUUCUUGUAGUUUUAACUUCCAUUGAUUUCUCUUGCAACAACUUUCAAGGGGAGAUACCUGAGACAUUGGGAGAUCUCAAAUCACUAAUCCAUCUUAACUUCUCGCACAAUGCUUUGACUGGAAGAAUACCAAAUGCCCUUGGAAAUUUGACUCAGCUUGAAUCCUUAGAUUUCUCAGUUAACCAUUUACAUGGGAGGAUUCCAGACGAGCUCGUGAGUCUCACAUUUCUUGCUUUCUUGAACCUAUCUUUUAAUCAACUAUCUGGUAGGAUUCCAAGUGGUAACCAACUUCAGACGUUCUCAGCGAAUUCCUUUGAAGGGAACACAGGGUUGUGCGAUUUACCUUUAAAGAAAACGUGCAGUGAAACCAAAGUGAAUGGAUCAUCACAGUUACUUAGCAGCCAUUCUGAACAUGAAAUUGAAGGGAAAAUAUAAGUUUUGCCUUGGGAUCUUCUGUUGGCUUUGGCAUCAUAAUCUGGCUGCUUUUGCAUAGUCAAAGAUACAAUGAGCUCCUUGAUAGACUUCUUUUCAGAAUGUUGGAUCGACACAAAAAAAGGCGCAUGA